UACGAAUGCACACUGAAAGAGUGCAUCUCAGUGAUGCUGCCCGACGAGACAUUCUUCUUGAAGCCGUUAUCAGACGCCGACGAUUUAGAGGAUUGGUUCUCACAGUUGAUCGAUAAAACGCGUCAAGCGCGUGCCACCCGCUUAGGAAGGCCAGUUUUCAGAGAAGAAUACUUUGAGAUUGCUUGGGAUGUGGAGAUGGUUAAAUUACCGAAAUUACGGAAGAAAUCGAAAGGAGUCGAUAACAUGGAAGAUGUUGUGUCAAAAUAUAGUGAGCAGUUAUUGGGCAAGAGGAGGAUGUGUAUGUAUCCACAUAGCGUAAUCAUUGCAAGAAGAGGGUUAACGGCAUCUGCGAAUGGCUUUCCACCGCUGCAUCCCGAUGAAUUCAUGGAAUUUCCGAUGAAUGCGGUAUCGAAUUUCGGCAAACAGGAGAAGUAUUUCUUUUUGCGCGUUGGACGUUUCGCGCCGACCGGUGCUGGUGAACUAUGGCUGUGUACGGAAAGUGGUGAUUGUGCAGCGAGCAUUUACGAGAAAGUGAGUAAAAUAUGCGAACGAGAAAGUGAAAAGAGACGCUCGCAGGGUGGCAGAUUGCCAUCACACACGUCGUCACGUCGAAGCGGUUUGCAUCGUGAUCGUGCUCAUACACAAUCACAUCGUCCACAAACCGAUACCAGCGCACUUUCGUCAGCAUUUGAUAAUAGUCGUAAGACGUCAGCGGUGAGCAUUUCGAGUAUGUUCCCAACAUCAAGUCCACCGGCGACCAAUUUGAGUGCUCGCUCGAGUAGUUUCUGUAUAGCGGGUCAUGCGUCUGCAACAAGAGGUGCCACUCCAAACGUUGCACGUCAGCCAAUAAAAGAAGAAUCAGCCAAGACAUCGCCGUCCGAACUUCCAAAGUUACCAGCAUCCGACGGCAGUGGUGUGGUCAAAUUUGUCGCGAAUCGUAACAACAGUGACGAGUUAUUCGGUGACGAUCCAGACGAAUCAAGUGGAGGAACGAUCAUGUAUAUCGGAGAUCAAGAUGCUGCUGGGCGAUGUGGCGAUGAAACACCAAAAUGUCAGUUCAAAUCCCUCUCAUAA